UUGGCUCACGCGCGACAUUGCCCUACAUGGUAAAAGCGAUUUCGCAAUAGUCUCCGCUCCAUGUUCCAAACAAAAACAGUCCGAGCUCCGACAGACGGGAUCUAACUCCAACUUUCUGCCGCCACUUCCUCCGUGUUCGUCGGCCGGUUGACUCCGCCGCCGCCCCCCCUGAAGGUUCCGUUGAGGCGAGGCGUCUCUUCGUCUUCUUCACUUGAGGCGACUCUGGUCCGACAGCACCACCUGCAGGCAACACAUCCAAAUGAGCCGGCCGUCGCAGGCGAAACUAACCACAUCUGACACCAACGGCGUGAGCGUCAUCCAGAGUCAGGCCCGCGCCUCCUCGCCCUCGUCUCCGCCGGCGAACGCAGCCGGACCACAGCGGGUCCCGCAUCUUGUCCCCGCCCACCCCUCGGCCGGAGGCGGCAAGGCCUCCGCCCCCAGCAAGAUGAAGAAGCCCCACGCGGACAAGGACAGCGACGAGUACCGCCAGCGCCGCGAGCGCAACAACCUGGCGGUGAAGAAGAGCCGCAUGCGCAGCAAGCAGAAGGCGCAGGACACGCAGCAGCGCGUCAAUGAGCUGAAGGAGGAGAACGAGCGGCUGGAGGCCAAGAUCAAGCUUCUGAGCAAAGAGCUGAGCGUCCUCAAAGACCUGUUCCUGGAGCACGCCCACAACCUGGCCGACAAUGUGCAGCCGCCGCCGGGCGCAGAGGGCUCCAGCCCCGCCCCCAACAACACCUCCACCAAUGGGCAGUGAGGAGGGGGGGGGGGGAGGGGCGGCGGGCUCAUGGACGUUUGGUAUCUGCAGCUUUUCUUCUGGUAACUUUGGAAACACGGCGUCACUUCUUCCUCGCGGCUUCUCUUUAGUUUGUUAGUGUUUUUUCUCAAAUUUAAUCCUGCGUCCACCAAAACGUCCGAGGCUCCUGGAGAACGUGGAGAAAUUAAAUCAUGAAAAGAGGAGAGAAACGGUUUUAUAAAUAUUUUAUGGUUAAUUUAUUGGGACUUGACUAAAAAAGGGCUUUUUAAUGUGAAAAGCAGCAGCAGCUUGUGUUGAUUGGCAACUUUUUUUUAAAACUCCUGGAGAAGUGUGAUCAGACUCGACACUACGAGCCGGACGGACUUUGUGUUAUUGAUCGAUGGAUGGAUUGAUUGAUUGUGAGGAGACAUGAACUGGUAUAAACGGAGACGUCGUCCAGCCAGAACUCACCAGCAACCGAAGAGUUCCACUUCCUGUGGGCUCGACCCGACGGACGGAGGUGCCGCUGGACGUCGAGACGUUGGACGAACUCUAUGAGAUGUAAAUUCUUCAAUUCCCCCUUCUUCUUUUUUUUCUAGGUUGUGUAUGUUCUUCAUUCUGCUGGGAGGUUGUUGUUUAGUUUUUUUUAAAUGUUGGUGAGGUUUUUUGAUGUUUAAAGGGCAAUUCUGUCUCUUUUUACAGCUCGUAAUUUCAAAACGUAUGAAUAAUUAAAAGAAGCUUUUUGAUACUUUACUCAGAGCAGUCGCAUACAAGGGUGAAACUGUAAACACACACAAACAGCAGAAUUGUCCUUUAGCAGGAGGGAGGGGCGUUUGAUUUCCCCAACCGGGUCACCCGGUCACAUCUGACGCACCUGAGAGCCGCAGCACGUGAGCCUUAGAACCGGUGUCCCGGAAAAACAUGGAAUCCUCGAUUCUGUCUUUUUCCAGCGAGGGGGAGUCACGACAGACAAACAGAGCAGUGCAUCAUGGGAAACGACAAACAAACUCACACAGGUCAACAGAAUCAGCUGAUGCUCUGGAAAAAGUCGGGACCUUGAUAAAAACCAGACGGAAGAGCUCCGCUCUGCCAGGUCAACCUGCUCCCGCAGGAAUCCUGCUCUCUGAUUGGCUGUGAGGUGUCCGUUCAGCUCUUCCACCAGUUUCACAGUGACGCACAGAAAUCAUAAAUAACUGAAAACCAUUCAAUAAUCAGACAUAACUUAGAGAACAAUCGGUUGAUUGACACGAUUGAUCUGCAGAUCAGAUUUACAGGCUGUCGACUUCCUGUGGACGUCACAUUCUGGAUCAAUGAUAAAGAUGGACGACGACAUAUUCUUUUUACAUCGUCAGGUUGUUAUUUUAAAGAGACAGUUACACCAGCUGAGUUCAGCUGCCGGAGCCUCAGGUGCGACAGUCAGACCCAGAGCACUGUGACCCCGCCCAGUGGAGGGGGGGUCCCGCUCCAGACAGGUGUGUGUGUGUGUUUGUGGUGCUGGGCGGAACCCAGACACCUCGAGCCGCAGCUUUAAUUAAAUCCAGGUUUAAAACCAGUACGGGGUCGUUAGUCUGCUAAUGAGGUCUGAGCAGAUCUGGACGGGCCCCACCCCGCCCCCGUCAGCACGCCGCGAGGAGGGGGGGGUUGUUAUCAGACUUUGUAAUUAUGUGAGCUUUGUGGCGGGUGUGGAGUGUUUUCCCUGGGAUUUGUCUGUCAGGAGCUUCGCCUCCCUGCAGCAGUGUUGUUGUCUGUCUGAGUCCUGCUGCCGCUCCUGAGCCGCUCUGCUUGGCCCGACGUUCCCACAGCGUUUCACAGACGUUCCCACCGCACUGUGACACGGAGCAGACGGAGUUCUGAAGGGUUUCACCUCCGCUCUCGUCUCAGGGUUCAAUUCUAAUCUCGAACCAGAAAAACACUGAUUAUAAUUCAAAGACAAGAUUGAAAGGCGUGGCCUUCGUGUCGCUACCAGCUGAUCGGCCUCGUCCCUGAGAUGUGAGCAGAUCAAUAAAUCAGAUCUCCAACCCCCUGACCCUCACUGAUGAUGUCACUGAUUGUAAAAUAUGAAUACGAACCGUUGGACAUGAAACGAAUACGGUGUUCGUUGACAUUCAAACGUUAUGACAACGUUGUGAUUGAACUUUGUUCAAACACUCAGAAGAUUCUCAAACAUUUUAAAAAUGUUAAACCUGUGUGAGACGAUCAGGGACAAUCAGCUGCUGUGUUUUGUUUACAUAUAGUUUGAUGUUACGUAACGUUGUGGGAACGUUUCCUCACUCUCUCCAUCUUUGUGUCUCAGAUCACUAGUUUGUUCACGUAUCUUCCAAACAGCAGCAGCAUGUUUCUUUGCAUGGAGGAGGGAGGGGCCUCAGAUAAUCAAUAAUCAGAACUGAUUGUGGAUUCAACGGGAUCAGAUUCUGUUGUGUUCUGGUGUGAAUGUUGCUGGGCAGCAUUUCUCUGUCGCUCAGCAUUUUUAUAUCACACAAGUGUGAAAGUCACGAGCAGCCAAAAUAAAAGAAAACUGACUUUAAAGAAAAUUAAA